AUGGAUAUGAUGCCGACACCCGCAGUCGGGAAUGCGUAUCCACUCAGCGAUCAGUCGACACGUUGGUGGGUUAGCCAAUGCGCUAGCAAGGAUACGGAAAGAUGCUCCUCAGGGGGUAUCAUUCUCAAGCGGGCUCUUGUUAUCUGUCACAAUCAGAGCCUGGAAUCAAAGGGUGACCUCCGGGAUAUUCUAGUAUCCACGCAUGCAGUCUUAUUCUUUGGGACUCCACACUUCGGCGUCGAAAGUACGACUUUCCUCGAGGGUAUCAAUCGCGUAUUGUCGUUGUACAUGGAAACGACAGACGCUAUUCUCAAAGAUCUUCAAUCUCAUUCGCCAGAGCUCGAGAACAUUCAGAAAGACUGGGUCGCGGCGAGCGAAAAGAUCAGCAGCACCGUCCCGCAUCAAUCGGCUGUCAUCGCCGGUGACCGCAAUGCAACGACGAUUGUUCUCCAUACGGAUCACCGCAAUCUGGUUCGGUUCUCAUCCAAGGAGAACGACGACUACAAGACGGUGCACUUUUAUCUCAAAGACUACGUCAACACUGCGCCUGAAGCAAUACGUGAGAAAUGGGUACGAGAAGAUGAUUUCCGCAACAUAGCAAGGGGCGAACCCACCUCGGAAAGAGCCAUCGUACAGUCAAAGGCGAUCCUUGACAAUUUGGACAAAACUGCUAUACUUCAGCUUCCACUGGUGUCAUUUGUUCAAUCCUCGGUCCACAACACCUGUCUUGAAGGAACGCGUAAGGCGGUACUUCAGACCAUUUGCGACUGGGCCGAUGACAAUUUGGCAAAGCCCAUAUUCUGGCUAUGCGACAUUCCUGGAUCCGGUAAAUCCACCGUUGCAAUGACCGCGAUGGAGUCAUGGCAAAAGGGGGGGAAACUAGGCGGUCGAUUCUUUUUCUCCAUCGCAAGCAACGAUGCAUCUACGACCGAGAAACUCUGCUCGAUGUUAGCAAGAGACCUGGUUCAGUACAUCCCCGAGCUUACUUCGCAUGUUUCUCAGGCUGUGGUGCGAAAUCCCUCUAUCAUGGGAAGCUCCUUCAACGAACAGUUUCAAGUACUCGUCGCUGGACCCAUCCAACACCAGCAAGGACGUGUAAUUCUCGUCAUCGAUGCGGUAGACGAAUGCAAAUCUGGACCACAGCGUAGACAACUUCUCAAUACUCUGUCUACUGCAGUCCAAGAAUGCAAGAAUCUCAGGAUAUUCAUGACGAGUCGCCCAGACCCUGUCAUCGAAGCUGUAUUGGGGCCCCUCUCGAUCAAAUCCAAGAUGGAGGACCGCCUCCACAAUGUCAGCCAUGGUGAUAACAUUGACGAUAUCGCACUCUACAUACAUCAGUCGUUGAAUCAAGUCCUCUCAGAGGACAAGAGACAGCGACUGGUUGGAAAAGCCAAUGGGCUGUUCAUUUGGGCAAGCACUGCAUGCAGGAUGCUCAACAACGAAACCAACCUGAACGCGCCGGAGGAUAUAUAUGAUCGGCUGAUUUCCUUAGAGGAACCUGGAGCUAUAGAUGAGGUAUAUGACCUCGUCUUCGAGCGUACAGACAAGGAAUCCUACACAGUCCUGUGUCACAUGCUCGCUUUACUUCUUGUGGCGUUUGAGCCACUCACGAUGAACGACAUGGAGGACCUUGUAGCACGUCGGAGAAGCGUACUCAGUCUGGAAACGGGUACAAAUCUGAUCCAGUUCCGUCAUCCAACUCUUGUUGAGUAUCUCCGACGGCGCUCUGUCCCCCCGACUGCUGCAUCUUGGUGUGUUAGAUGCCUCAAGUCACGAACUGAGGGCCUCAAAUUCAACAUCUGUCGAAUCGAGACAUCUUUCUAUCUCAACAGACAGAUCUCGGACCUGGAGGUAAGAGUAUCGAAAUUCAUUCCAAGAAGACUUCGAUAUGCAAGCUCCAAUUGGUUGUUCCAUGUGUCGGGAACGGACGACAGCAGGCGACGCACGCUUGAAAACGAAUUUCGUGACAUUAUUCAGAGUCCAUACGUACUGUACUGGAUGGAGGUUCUGAGCUUGACUAGAGGCGUGCCACGAGCAACCGCCGGUCUGCGAGCUCUUGGGUAUCAUGUUGGACUCCAAGAGAGAACUAAAAGCCGGAUUAGCGAUAUACGAAGGUGCUUGAUAGCGUUUUCGGUGCCAAUUCAGGACAGCGCCCCACAUGUCUACAUCUCAGCGCUUCCGUUUACACCAAGGAGCUCGAUUCUACGCAAUGAAAGUCUAAGCGAGUAUAGUGGGGCCUUGAGUGUGACUCGAGGGCUCGAGGAUGCAUAUCCUGGGCUCCCAAGAGUUCUUCGAGGACACGAAGGCAGUGUCAACGCCAUCGCAUUUUCUCCAGAUGGCUCGCGAGUUGUUUCCUGUUCUGACGACCAGACGAUUCGACUUUGGUAUGCAGAUACGGGUGAGCAGGUGGGAAGGCCACUCCGAGGCCAUAGCGACUUGGUCAGGGCCGUCGCAUUCUCGCCAGACGGUUCACAAGUCGUCUCUGGAUCUGAAGACGAUACAAUUCGACUUUGGGACGCAAACACGGGUGAGCAGGUGGGAGAGUCACUCCGAGGUCAUAGCGACUCGGUAUUCGCCGUCGCAUUCUCGCCAGGCGGCUCAUGA